CCCAAUACUUCUCAGGCUGCAAAUAAAAUCAAUAAUCAAAGGCAAAUUCAGCGAAGAUUAUCGAUAAAUAAUUUCGAGCUAAUUUUCGCUGUUUUUGCCCCGCAAUUCCGAAAUGGAAAUGAAGAAGAUCGCUUGUGCUAUUAUCUUCGCUGCCGCCUCAGUGAGCGCCGUGAUGGCCCAGGAGGCUCCUGCCCCAUCUCCAGCAAAUGCUGCCUCAGCUGGCUUGCCUAUUGUUGGAUCUUUGGUUGGUGCUUCUCUUGCAUCAUUCAUUGCCCUCUACCUUCAAUAAAUAAAAAAAAAUGAAAAAUGUAAAGGGAGGGAGAGAAAAAAAGAAAAAGGAACGAUAGAAUUUUAUUUUAUGAGUUUAAUUUGUUCUCUUCUUCUCUCGUUUAAAUGUUUCUUAUGUUGAACAUUUAAUACAAUGGAAUAAAAUGCCUUUAAUUAAGGUUAA